GAUGAGGGAUGACAAGUCCCAAAAUGUCUUUCUAAAAUUUAAGAGACUCCACCCGUCUUUGAAAGGGAUGGCCUGGCCAGUGAGUGGAAUCAUGGGACCCUCUUGUGAUGUCAACUGCACCGAGAAUGUUCAUCGUCUGGACAACCCAGCCAGCCUCCGGGGAGCAGAUGUGUGAUCUCCAUACCCGACGGCAGUCCGAACAUGGAGAACUUCUCACUCCUCAGCAUUUCUGGACCUCGAAUCUCUUCCUCAGCCCUGAGCACUUUUCCCGACAUUAUGUCCUCACACGCCACCAGCUUGCCAGACAUUGCAAAGACCGCAUUACCCUCCGAGGUGUCCAGCCCAGCUCAGGCCCUGCCAGCCCCGUACCACAGCAGCGCGUUCCGGCUCGGGGUGCAGAACCCGGGGUUCUCUCCAGAUUGCAUUUUGAGGGACCCCCAGAACGGGGAGCAGCUGAGGCGGAACUGCACCAUCUACCGGCCCUGGUUCUCCCCUUACAGCUACUUUGUCUGCACAGACCAGGAGAGCCACCUGGAGGCCUACAGCUUCCUGGAGGUGCAGCGGGACGAGAGCAGAGGGGACAGCUGCCUUCCCGAGGACCUGGCUGAGAGCAUCUGCUCGUCCUCUUCCUCCCCAGAGAACACCUGCCCCCGAGAGGCCAGCAAGAAGUCUAGGCAUGGCCUGGACUCCACGGACUGCAUCACGUCCCAGGACAUUCUCACGGCCUCCAGGUGGCACCCGGCCCAGCAGAGCGGCUACAAGUGUGCGGCCUGCUGCCGCAUGUACCCCACUCUGCACUCCCUCAAGAGCCACAUCAAGGGGGGCUUCAGGGAGGGCUUCAGCUGCAGGGUGUACUACCGCAAGCUCAAAACCCUCUGGGGCAAGGAGCAGAAGGCCUGGCCCGGGGACCGGCUCUCCUCGGGCAACUGCCAGGCCUUUAAGUAG